AAAAAUGUUGGUUUUAUUUACAGAUUGUGACUGAGUCUGAAAAUGAAAAUGAGACGUUACCAAGACUAAGACGCACUAAAAGCAUCAUAAUGGAAAAUGCUGAUCUGGACAAUUCUGAUGAACUGUAUGAUUCUACUCCAGAGAGUUCAGAUGAUUACAUUCCAGAUACAACUAGCGACAGCGAUAGUGACAGUAGUAGUAGCCUUAAACAAAACUCAAGGAAACGUCAGUCUCUUGAUUUGCCAAGUGACUCUGGAUCAGAUAGAUCACCUGUCUGUGACACCACAACUUCAGACAAAUUGGUUUUUGAAAGGCACCACCUUACAUCUGAAAACACUGAAACAGAAGAAGAACCUUGUUCAAGUCAAAGCAUAAGUAACAGCGUGGUUGUUAGUGCAUGCAAAAAACGAGGUGGGAAGAGAGUGUACGACAAGAGACAUUACUGCGUAUAUUGCCUUAAACCAUUUGCUAAGAUGGCAAGGCAUCUUCAAGGUGCACAUAAAAAUGAAUCUGAUGUUGCUAAAGCGCUAAGCUUUUCAAAAGGUUCCAGUGAGAGAAAGAAACAGCUGGAUUAUAUUCGUAACAAAGGAAAUUACAUUCACAAUGCUACUGUCAUGGAAUCAGGAAAGGGGAAGUUAGUACCCUUUAAGCGACCACCUAAAGAUGAGCAGGGAAAUGACUUCAUGCACUGUGCAUACUGUCAAGGACUAUUUACAAGAAAGGUUCUGUGGCGACAUAUGCGUAGCUGUCAAUUCAAACCUGGAUCAGUCGUCCCCAAACCAGGAAAGAACCGUGUUCAGUCCAUGUGUACAUACACAGGACCUGUGCCUUCACACAUUAGCAAACAGCUGUGGAAAGUAAUCAGCGCCAUGAAUCCUGACCCAGUCACUGAUAUAAUAAAGACUGACCAGGCCAUUAUUGACGUUGGGCAACACUUGCUAAAUAAAGGUGGGCUGUCAGCCAAAAACCAACAGUAUGUGCGAGAGAAGAUGCGAGAAAUGGGACGGCUCAUGUGCAGUGCCAGGAGAGUCACCAGCUUGAAAAAAAUGGAAGAUCUGAUAAAUCCACAAAACUACAUGGAGACUGUUGAAGCUGUUAGAAUCACAUGUGGGUUCAACAAUGAAACAAACAAGUUCUCUGUUCCAUCACUAGCAAACAAGCUUGGAAAUGUCCUAGUUAAAGUAAGCAAACUCUUAAAAGCUCAGGGUUUAAUCACAGAUAACAAGGAGCUUGUGAAGAAUGCCAGUGAGUUUCAAGAAGUUCAUCGGGAGAAGUGGAAUGAGAUGAUUUCAUCUGCAGCCUUAAGGAACAUCAGGGAAGCAAAGUGGAAUGUGCCCACCCUAAUGCCCUUUACCGAAGAUGUCCAAAAACUGCAUGCAUAUCUUAGUCAAGUGCAAGAUGAGUGGUACAAUUCACUCACAGAAAGUCCAUGUACAAAGGCCUGGAUGGAACUGGCAAAAGUGUGUCUGACCCAGAUCAUUCUUUUUAACCGACGCAGGGAAGGAGAGGUGGCAAGCAUGCCGUUAUCAGCAUAUUUAUCUAGAGACACUACCGAUCCACACGAGGAUGUGGACUGGGCGCUCUCUGAAGUGGAAAAAAAACUCUGCAGACACUUCUCUAGGAUCAUCAUCAGAGGAAAACGUGGUCGCCCAGUUCCAAUUCUGUUGACUCCAAAAAUGAUGUCUGCUUUAGAACUCCUUGUUAAACAAAGAGAGGCUUGUGGAGUUCUAAAAGAUAACAGUUACAUGUUUGCAAGACCGGAAGCGGCAACACAUUUCAGAGGUUCAGACUGCAUUCGUGGCUUCGCGAAGGCAUGUGGUGCGAAGUGUCCAGAGUCACUGACCUCAACCAGGCUGAGAAAGCAUGCUGCAACCCUUUCAACGGUGCUAAACAUGACAGACACAGAGAUGGACCAACUAGCCAACUUCCUGGGACAUGACAUAAGAAUCCAUCGUGAGUUCUAUCGACUCCCAGAAAAGACCCUGCAACUUGCCAAGAUCAGCAAAGUUCUUGUGGCUCUCGAGAAAGGACGAUUAGCUGAGUUUCAGGGCAAGAAUUUGGAUGAAAUUGGCAUAGAUCCUGAUGAAAAGGUUCAGGCCAGUGAUGAAGAUGGAAGCAUACAGGAGGAAAUCUGCUCAUCCACUCCUGAUGAACUAUUGGCAGAAGAGACACUUCCUCCUGCAGAGAGGGAAGAAAUGCCUCCACCACCACCACCACCACCACCCUCCAAGAGGUACAAACCAUCAUCAGAAGUCAGUACUAAAAAUCCUUCAUCCAAAGGUAAACCUUUGCAAAAGAAGACUCCAUGGCAGCAGACAGAGGUGCAGGCAGUGGAAAAGCACAUGAAGCGCUUCAUUACAUCUUGCAUUGUUCCUGGAAAAGCUGACUGCGAAAAGUGCAUAAGAGCUGAACCAGAAGCCCUUAAAAACAGGGAAUGGCAGAAUGUAAAAUUUUAUGUCCAUAAUCGCAUUAUGUCACACAAGAGGAAAUUCCAGAAAAAAAUGUAAAGACUUUCAGGUAGGACCAUUUUUGUUCCUGUUCAUGCUUCAGCAAAAUAUACCACAUUGGUGGUUGUUCUGUUGUAUGUAUAUGUUUUAUAUAUAUACAGUGUUAAUUGAUGUUAAUUUGAGUUCAGCUUUACAUAACUCAUAACAACUGGAUUUCAUUGAGUUGUGAUAGUGAAAGUGCUUAAACCUGUUGCUGGGUGAUUGACUGUGGAUAAAAAUAUAAAAACAAAUGCUUGUAUCUGGAAAAAAAAAGAAAAUAAAAGCUCUAACAGUGGGAACUUAAA